CUCUGGACACAAAAAUGACAUUAAUAAAAAUAAAUAUAAAUUUUACUCAAAUUGGUCACACCAACUAUAGAUUAUUGAAUCAUUGUGAUAAAAUGAUAAAUCUAAAAUUCUUUUCUCUGUUGUUUUCAAAACAUCAAUUCCAUUGUAUCGGCAUUGAGAUUUCUAGCAGAUCACUUUCAGAAGCAUUAUCAACUUUUCAUAUCACGAUUUUGCGCACAAAAAAACGGGAAUUGUUGAAUUUUCAUGUUGGAUGCUUUGAGAGAAAACUGCAUUUUAACGACAUGUUUUGAAAAUUCGCUAGUUUACGAGUCAGAGCAAUUCAUUAAAAUGAAACAGAAAUCCAAUAAACACACAAAGACUUUAAUGAUGGGUUUGCCGUUGUGAAAACGGUAAGACACAUGAUUACGUCAUCAAUUGUGAACGGGAUACUUGGCGUAAAAUUCAAUUUUGCACACCAGCAAUCGCUCUCUCCCACCCCAAGGGUGCACUGAUUUGAUAUUAUGGAUAGUGUCACCAGCGGAUUGUACCAACACCUUUCUUCUUUUUUACCUUGGAAACCAGAACAAACUACGAUCAAUACUGCUUUUUUCCCGCAGAAUAUAUGUGGAAUUGGCUUAUCCUGUUCAGAUUACAGAAUGUCUCUAUAUAAAUAUACAUAUAAAACAACGAUUUUAAAAUAACCCAAUAUUACUUUAUAAGUAUUAUAAAUAAUCAUCCAUGUACAUGAUAUUGGUAAAAGUAUGCAGUAUUUCACGUAUCGGACGUCAAUUCUAGUUAACAGUGUCCCGCCUUCUCAUUUUCACCUUCGCCAUGCUCAAGAAUAAACCUCGUACUGAGCAUGCCCAACAAGUUCAUUCCCGAACGGGACCAUUGUUUCUCUGCUUUUGAUUGGCUGAGCUGAUUCGUCACCUCUGUCCCGCACUCUUUCCAACGUCCUAAUCAGUUCAGUCGGAUGUCUGGAUGUGACAGCUAAGAGCAGGCCGUGAAUUUGACGCGUGCUCACCGUCCAAAGUCAACGGGAAUUCGUCUAAAUUAGAAACUUGCCGUAUAUAAUUCUCUCUCUGUCCUGUCUGGUGACAAAGUAGCAAAAUGUCGUCUGCUGCGAGGGCCGUUGACAGCUCGCGGUGCUCCAUUAACAAGCAGGAGAUGUUUGAGACUUUUCAGACUUGGGCCCUCCAAAAUUAUGGGGAUAGUGGAAAAACUAAAACAGUGACCCACAAAAAGCACGACCGAAUUGUAAAAAUCUUAACAGGAGAGGAGCCUUCUACUGCGGACAAUUCCAAGUUCAGAUUUUGGGUAAAAGCGAAAGGAUUUCGUUUGGGACCCUCCGUAAACAAAGAUGGGUGUGAUCGCACGAUCUAUGUCCCCACAAAACAUGUGACGGACCCCAAUUGCAAUGACACUGACAAGGACUACAAGAAAGUUGCGAAGGUGGAGGAGUUUUUUGACAUCAUAUACAGUGUCCAUGUCGACAUGGACGGGAGGGGAGGCAAACACGCCGGCCAGAAACGCACAUACCGAGCGAUUGCAGAAACAUACGCAUUUUUGCCGAGGGAGGCCGUCACCAGGUUUCUGAUGUCCUGCUCAGACUGCCAGAAGAGAAUGCACGUGACGUCCACAGAGGAAACCCACAGUAACGCGUCCUGUGAAUCUUCGUACAAACCGGAAGCGUCGAUAGAGGACCCCCCAAUCAUCGACUUCAGCGUGCCAAUCACCCAGACCUACCUGAAUCACAUGAAGCAGAAGGGCAUGGCAAUGGACACUGGAGUGACGGACGAGGAGAGUAUGUCCAGUGUUGACAGCACAGCAGAAAGCCGGGACGGAAGUCCAGCGUUAUCUGACGAUACCACCACCAACAAUAGAUCCACUCCCAAAGAAGACAGUCCAAUGGCUGACGAGGAUACGAGUCUGACAUUUCCAAUGUCAAAGUCUCCAUCAACUCGCUCCGAAGACCGCGGACACCCGGAGAGGAAAAGAAGGGCCAGCGAAGAUAGUUGUGAGAGUUCGACAAAGCUGAGUGAAGGUGGCAAUAACGAAGAGUCCGUCUGUAAGGAUGAAGACGACGAUGAUGACAAUGAUGACGAUGAUAAAAUGCCCGCCGGGCAGGACUUUGAUCCCGAGAGACUUAAAGCAUUCAAUAUGUUUGUUCGGUUAUUUGUGGAUGAAAAUCUGGACAGAAUGGUCCCCAUAUCUAAACAACCAAAGGACAAAAUCCAAGCUAUUCUGGAAGCUUGUGAUCGACAAUUUCCUGAAUUCCACAUCAGAUCUCGUAAACGAAUCAGAACUUACCUCAAAUCUUGUCGUCGGAUGCGCAGGUCAAAAGAGCAGAAUGGAUGGGAACCCCAACAGAUGAGACCAACUCCGCCACAUCUUACCUCGGCAGCAGCUGAAAGCCUUCUUGCACAAGCUUGCGAAAAUGAGAGCCAAAAUGCUAAACGCAUGCGUCUGGGAUUAGAGCCACUUCCGGCCGCAUCAAUGCAUACGAACAGUUCCACAACAAAUAGUCAAUCACAGACAACUGCUCAACAGCAGCAGCAACAGUCAACCCCUGCACCUUCACCUCAUUCUCAAUCGUCGUCAAAUCAAACAUCACCUCAGUCUCAACAAUCCGCUUCACAAGUAGAUAGACACGCACAUACUAAUAAUGACUUCUUGCGUCAUCAGCCACCGCCACCUACCUUUAGACCGGCCCCAGAAUUCCAUCCACCAUUUUUUACAAACGGAAAUGGGUUAUUUCGUCCUGGAUUUCCGGGAUAUCAACAUCCUGCGCAUCAUCAUCCGCCAGUGUUGUCUCAUGGUGCUUUGAACCCGACCUCGGUUCAGAACGGUCCCACAGAUCUUAGUAUGAAAAAACAAUCGUCCAAAAGUCAGCUUAGCGCGGGAGAAAUCGCCACGAUCAAACAGCUGAUUGGAGGAUAUCGCGAGUCGGCCGCCUUCCUCUACCGAUCAGCUGAUGAACUUGAACAGUUGCUACUGCAGCAAAACUAGCGAACGGAAGCGCGAAAUAAUGUCUGGAUGAACUAUUAUACCUCACUCUAUUUCUAGUGCUUUCUGUAAAGGACUUCACUGGUACUCCUCAAAGCGUGUUAAAUUUAAGUCUCGCAGCAUAUUGAAUUAUAUUAAACAUACUAGCAACCAUUAAACUUCUUACUGGUAGAUCGAAAUGUAGUUUGUUCUAAAACAUUAUUAGAUGAUUCGAGGUCCAUAUGUUUACAUAAUAUAUACACUAAUAUAUGUUUAAAGUACAUAGUUGUACUAAGCUUUUGGGUAACUUAGAUAUUUAUAUUUGUCCUUCGCGCAUUAAAUUGGUUACCACUGACAGUCAUGUGUAAUGCGCUACAAAUAUUGUAUAGAAUUGACCAAGUCCCACAUCCAGUUGUUCACAUAUUUUAUAUUUUUCUGCUAAAUGUUGUAUAUUGUGGCCUUGUGAUAGUAUGAGAAUUCCCACUUAUCCGUUACCCUAUCAUACUGGGACCCUGUCCACUACAGCUUUCUUGUCCUCUAUAUAAUGUAACACUGGUGCUUGUCCUAAUAUACUGUGAUUGCUAGGAUACAAUUCUCCAUGACCGCCAUUUUUUCGUUUUGUUUUGUAUUUUGUUCCGUUUUUUGGAAUCGUAAAUAUAAACAUCUAUUUACCUGGUUUAACUAGUCAUUUUUCUAUACCCCAUUUUUUAUGUUAAUUAUUAUUUUAUCAGUAUUCUAUUUAUUUGAUGUAAAUACUCUAAUUUAACUUAAUUUAAACUGCAUAGAGUAUAAUUUUUUAUUCAAAGACAUUUUAAUGUUUGAUUUGAGAGUCAGAUAAUUUGAUUUAUUGUUGCUGACAUUUUAGAAACUUAUUUGAAUAGUUUCAAUAUUUCAAUCUUUGUUUCUUUUGUGUUUAAGACGCACACUUUAAUCAUUACGAUUGUGUAACUCUUAAGUAUUGGAGUUACGAAUAUUGUUUUUUAGAAAAUAUGAUUGUAAAUACAGAUUAUACUCCCGAUUUUAAUUGUGUUGUUAUCUCGAUGUCAUAUCCCGUAAUACAGGUGCACUUCAGUUUUGUAUUGUCAACAUUGUGCAUAAGUUCACAUUUUCUGAUGUGUACAAGAUAUUGUUAGAUUCGUUUUUAAAAUCUUAGCCGUGUCUUAAAUCAUAUAUGGAAAAUUUUGUAUCUUACUUUUUAAAAGAUUCUGCAGAAAUAUUUCAGGGCCUCCAUAUAUCUGGUGAAGUUAUUGCAGUUUGUUCCUUUGAGAAGUGAGACGGUUGAUUUUGUAUUUUUGAACAAGUUCAAUUUUCAUGAUAUUUAUUGUUAUUUUAUUUGUAUUCUGUUAUCAUUUACAUUUUUUUGUGCAUUUUACACAUGUUUUUCAUCGCUCGUGUGGCGCUCUGAAAUAAGUGCCCUGUGGUCAAUGCCAGUAAACGUUUACAUUCCACAAAAUACUUUAAUUACGCCUGAUAAUUAUUCUUCUUUAAACGUAUGGUACCGGCAUUAGGCUUAUAUUGAAAACGCUACCAUAAUUUAGUUUCCAAACAGUUUGAAGUUCGUUCAAAUUAAACGAGACAAUUGCAAGAUAUUGAUACUAUGAUAAUUUAUCAGCUGAAUACACUAUCGUCGAACUCUUAUUCAUUACAAUUUGAAAGAAAUUGGAAAAACUCGAAAUAUAUAACUAAUACAAAUAUUUCAUAUUACGAUUUGUACAACAAAAAUUCAGUAAAUUAUAUUAUAUUCAGAAACUUCGCUACUUGUUUUUUUUUCUGAUUUUUUUCGUAUUCUCCAAUACUUUGCCAGUGGAUAAUGGUCUCAUUGGAUGAUUUCUUUUGAUCAAAUUCAAUCUAUAACAAGUUGAUGUCGAGAUCGCCUUCGAGAUUUUACUUUUAUUUAGCGUUUAUGUUUGGAUCUGAAAGAUUUGGCAAUGUAAGAGUUGGAUUUGACUUAUUGUGUGACCGUUAACUUUUUUGCCCUGGGGCUUCUUUGUAAGUGCAAUAUCUUAUUUUUUAUUUAUUCAUAAGUUGAUGUUUUCAUCUAUAUUUUUUGUGAAACUAAAUUUAAUCUGUUCGUCGAUGAAAUUAAAUCGUAAAAAUGGC